AUGAAGUUAAUAUUAACUAUUCUCGUGGUUCUUGCUUUGGUUGCCGGUUUCACUCAGGGCAAGGUCAGCAAGGGACACCUCAAGACAAAGAACAACUGGGCCUUCCUUGACAAGUUCUGUUUCAGUAACAGCGGUCCUGGUACAUUGACCUUUACUGGAUCAUCGAGUCAAUCGAUUAUGUUGUACUUGUAUGAUGACCAGGUUGGCUCCUUCCCCACUGUGUACAAGUCACACAUGAAUUGCACGGAGAGGACUACAUUGGGACCACACAUCUACUCAAUGACACCAAUUCUCGAUGGCAAGACUCCAGUGUCAUCCUACCCAGAGGAUGACACCCGUCCACAUUACUGGUAUGUAGUGGCUGCCGACUGCUCAUCCACCAAUGGAAUGGAUUUGGAGUACAAGCUCGAGUUUUACAACACUGGCAACAUUUGGAAGCACCAGUUCUCUGCCGACGAUCAAGGCCUCGAGCAAAUGUACCUCACCUACUUCUGGUUCUUCCUCGUGUUGGCUAUCUUUAGCUGCUACUGCGGCUACAUGCUGAUGAGAACUCACUCCUACCACCCAAUCGUCAAGUUAUUGACGAUCACCGUGCUGCUCGAGUUCCUGUCAAUCUUCAUCUUGCUCUGCCACUAUGGCUCCUACUCACACAACGGUGUCGGUGGUCCAGGUGCCCGCGGCGUCGGUGAGAUCAUCGAUUUGGCCGCCCAGCUGACCUUCAUUCUCCUCAUCAUCCUUCUCGCCAAGGGCUGGGCCAUCUCUCGCACCAACCUCGACGACAAGGUGAUCAUCCUCGGAGUGAUGGGUGUGUUGUCUGCUCUCUACCUGAUCAUGUUCAUUUGGUACAAGGCUGGACAGGACGCAGCGUCCACUGUUUACAUGUACGACACCGUCCCAGGCAUUAUCUUGCUGGUGUGCCGUUCGUUGGCGAUGCUCUGGUUCAUGUGGUGCGGUUACAACACCUACAUGGAGGAGAACAACCCCGCCAAGCGUCAGUUCUACAUGUUCUUUGGCAUUGCCUUUGUUAUCUGGUUCAUCUCGCUGCCAUUCAUCUGCAUCGUUGCCUCUGCCGUCGACCCAUGGAUCCGUCAAAGGACCGUGUUGGCUUUCUACGUCACCUUCAACUUUAUUGCCAUGACCGGUAUGUCCAUCCUUCUCUCGCCAUACAAGGCUGGUGACUUCCUGUCCAUCUCCACCACUGCAUCUGGUGAGGCUGGUUCCCUUCCCUACGAGUCAAUUUAA